AAGAAAGUUUGAUGAAAAUGCUCAAGUGGAUGGAUCAGUGGGCUAGAACAUCUAAUUGAAAUGCACUUGUAGGGAAGUGCUUUCGGGAUUUGGGGUUCUUAUUUGUCCACAUGGCUUGUUCAUGAUAUCGCUAGAUUUGACUGGGUGCUGUUUGCAAUCGUGCUUUAUGUGGUUUGACUGGGCCGCGUCACUUGAUGCAGUCUGCAAUUAAAAGUCUUGCUAAGUUGGCUGGCUUUGUCUCCAGUGACUUCAAAGUAACCCCUGUGCCCUAGCCAUGGCUGCACCGUUUUUCUCAACACCUUUUCAGCCUUAUGUUUAUCAGAGCCCGCAAGAUGCAAUUAUACCUUUUCAGAUUUUAGGGGGUGAAGCUCAAGUGGUUCAGAUAAUGUUGAAGCCACAGGAAAGAAUCAUCGCAAAACCUGGUUCCAUGUGCUUUAUGUCUGGAUCCAUUGAAAUGGAAAAUGCCUACCUUCCCGAAAAUGAAGUGGGUGUAUGGCAGUGGUUAUUUGGCAAAACAAUAACUAGCAUUGUUCUUCACAAUUCUGGACCAAGUGAAGGAUUUGUUGGAAUUGCUGCACCAUAUUUCGCAAGAAUUCUUCCGAUUGAUUUGGCAAUGUUCAACGGAGAGAUUUUGUGUCAGCCAGAUGCGUUUCUGUGCUCUGUCAGUGAUGUGAAGGUUAGCAACAUAGUAGAUCAGAGGGGACGAAAUAUUGUUGCUAGUGCUGAGGGAUUCUUGAGGCAGAAGCUAUCUGGCCAAGGGCUUGCUUUCAUAUUAGCGGGUGGAUCUGUUGUACAGAAAAAUCUUGAGAUCGGUGAAGUUCUAGCUGUUGAUGUUUCUUCCAUUGUUGCUGUGACAAGUACGGUCAAUAUCCAAAUAAAAUAUAAUGGUCCUGUACGAAGGACAAUGUUUGGGGGUGACAAUGCGGUCACAGCUCUUCUAACAGGACCAGGCAUUGUGUUCAUACAAAGCUUACCUUUUCAUCGACUCUCCCAACGAAUUGCUAGGGCGGUAACUUCACCAAACAUGAGGGAAAAUCCCAAGUUUUUCAUACAGAUUGCAGUUUUCUUUUUUCUGGCGUACGUUGUCAUUGUAUCUUCGUUAAUAUUAACAGAUGUAUGAAAUUCACUGUUUUUUUUUGUAAUUUUUACUUUUCUCUUGUUUUACCAAUUACCAUAUAGAUUCAGGAAUGAAGGAGGGGGGAUUUCUUA